GGUUUUUAGUUAAAACUAACAAAUGCUAUAAGAACUUAAAGAAAUCAGGAUUUCAACAUUAAAUUAAAACACUGAUUCUUCUUUCCUCUUCAGGGCCAUGCCCAUGAAUGUUUUACUAAAAUAAUAAUAAUAUUAAAUAAUAUGUUUAUUAUUACUUUAGAUAAUGAAGUGCUUCCUAUAUGUAUAUAUAUAUAUAUAUGGUUUAACUAACAAGUCCCCCGUGAGCAUUAAUUAAGCUAUCAGGUGGCAACAGUAUAUCACCAUUAGCAACACAGAUUGUUUGGGUCAUUACUAUUAGCACUCCUGAGUGUAAAUAUGAAAUUGUGUUAGAUACUUAUAUGUAUAAAUUAUGGAUGACUUUUACAUUGUGCAAAACUGAUUUGUUUUCAGAUUUAUAGUAGUGUCUAUUUCCAGAAGUUGACCAAGUUUGAAAUAAUAAAAGGAGGAUAACUGAAAUAAAGCACCAUUAAUACACCUGACUGGAUGAUGUCUCAAGCAAGAUGGAGUUGGAACCAUGAAAAAAAAGGGCUACAGUUGAUUAGUAAACAUAGCUAUAUGCCAGAACAAAUUGUUAAACAGAAUACCAUGUUGUCAAAGAAAACAAACCUGACAAGAAGUGUUUAUUGGAACCAAAGAAUGGAAUUGUCAACUAGAAUUAACAAAACUGCAGCAUCUGAUAAAGGUCAAGAUUUUGUCAAUGGAGAAGAUCCAACACCAAACCAGAAAAUAGUUACUGUAGAGGAUAUCGUUGAUGUUAGCUUGAAGCUGAUAAUUCCUGAAGAAAAUUCCUUACUUAGAAGAAAACUUCGAAAAGUGUGUAGGUUGCCAGUAUUUAGAUCAUUUAUUGUGGCUGUUUUGCAGUAUUUUCACUACUAUCUCCUGAUUCAGGCUUGGGAACAGAGCAUAACGCAGCCAUUGGAAGGGGGGAUUAAGAAACUGGAUGAAAAAUUUGAACCAGCAGAUUUACAAAGAAAACUUGAAAUUUGUCAGCUUCGCAUUGCUCAUAUGUAUAGUCAGCUGUUGUUAGGAAUGAGAUCUCAUCAGCAGGCUCAUGCAGGAUUAGGAAGAGCUGGUAAGUCUACUGAGAAAGAAAAGAAUACCUUUGAGAUUCUUUAUAAACUUCUGACUGAAGCUGUGUGGAUAACCUUUAGCCGAACUCAAAAAGAAUGUAUAGAGAGAGAAAUAGGAAGGUUAAUGAGAUCAGAAGUCUUCAACAGAUCUGCAAGAGUACAGAGUUAUUCAUCAAAAGUUGAACAGAAAAAAGAAGGAAGUUGUCAUCUGACAAAAUCUCUAGGGAAAGAAAAAAUAAGACAUAUCCCAAGGCAUAUAAUGUUAAGUCAAAGAUCACCAAUAAUCGACAGCCUGCUUCCACAUCCAAAAACCAAAAGCUCAUUUUUAUUUUCAAGCAAGAUGAAUUGUAACACAAGCUCACAUCAAAGACCAGUUGUUUCAGACGUACAUCUGAUAGAUGUUCAGAGCAUAGGAAUCCUUGGUGACGAUCUAAACCACUACAACGGAUUACUAGAGCCCGUUACUAACACAUUGCAAGAAGAGCCUGCAGUGAUGGCGCCCUCUAGCGAGCUAAAAUGAAAUUGUAACAACUUAAAAAACAAUGCUCUUGUUCGUCCUUUGUAAUCUAAUAAAUAAUAAAAAUUAUUGAGAUAUGUA